AUGGACGUCGCCCAAGCAGUAUCAGGGUACAUCAAUAAGGUGGUUACGACGAGCGAUACGUCGUCUGCCAAGAUGAAAAUUCUCUUACUCGAUAGAGAAACAGUCUCUAUCGUCUCGACUGCGGUCACACAGUCUUCUCUUCUCAACCAUGAGGUCUAUCUCAUCGACCGUCUGGACAAUGCUGCGCGUGAGAAGAUGCGACACCUACGAUGUCUAUCAUUUGUGCGGCCAUCGCCGGAAUCAAUUCAGCUACUCAUAGAUGAGCUUCGUGAUCCCAAAUAUGGCGAGUAUCACUUGUACUUCACAAAUGUUGUCAAGAAGUCGUCCUUGGAACGCUUGGCUGAGGCUGAUGACCACGAGGUGGUCAAACUGGUGCAAGAGCACUUUGCUGAUUACAAUGUCAUCAACCCUGAUCUCUUUUCUUUCAGUUUUACCCUUCCGCAACAGAGAAUCUGGGCAGGGAGUCCUGAUACAUGGAAUCCCGACUCUUUACAGCGAUGCUCAGAGGGCUUGGUUGCCGUAUUACUCUCACUCAAGAAAAAGCCCCUCAUUAGAUAUCAGAAGACAAGCCCCCUGGCGAAGAAGCUCGCGUCAGAGGUCCGGUACUUGAUGACCCAAGAGGAUUCACUGUUUGACUUCCGAAAAGUUGAUACUCCUCCCAUUCUGCUUGUGUUGGAUCGCCGGGAAGAUCCGGUGACGCCACUGCUCACACAGUGGACAUAUCAGGCCAUGGUUCACCAUCUCUUGGGUAUUCAGAAUGGGCGUGUCGAUCUAAGCGAUGUUCCAGAUAUUAGCCCAGAGCAAAAGGAGAUCGUUCUAUCACAGGACCAGGACCCAUUCUUCAAAAAGAACAUGUUUCUGAACUUUGGCGACCUUGGAGGCAACAUCAAGGAAUACGUUGGCCAAUUCCAGUCGAAAACCAAGAACAAUGAGAACAUCGAGUCAAUAUCGGAUAUGAAGCGAUUUAUUGAAGAAUAUCCAGAAUUCAGAAAACUCUCCGGCAACGUCAGCAAACAUGUUACCCUGGUAUCAGAACUUAGCAGGCGUGUAGCUGCCGAUAACCUCCUAGAGAAUAUUCAGCGACUCAUUCAAUCACCGAACGUCACACCAGAAAGUAAGGUUGGCCUUGUGGCUUUGUAUGCUCUCCGCUAUCAUAAACAUCCUUCCAACACUUUGCCCAUGCUUCAGGACCUCCUCGUCGCUGCCGGAAACGUAUCUCCGCGAGAGGCGGAUUUGGUCAGCAAGGUGACGGCGUAUCACAACUCCCUUCAAGCGUCACAGUCUCAGGGCGGAAUUUCAGAAAUCUUCGAAUCGGCUGGCAUUUUCUCCGGUACUGGCAGCCGCUUCAAGGGCCUGAAGGGAGUAGAAAACGUCUAUACACAACACAGCCCAUUGUUGGAGACUACCCUCCAGAACUUGAUCAAAGGGCGACUCAAGGAUCAGCAAUACCCCUUCGUCGAAGGUGGUGGCACGACCAAGGACAAACCUCAGGAUAUAAUAGUAUUCAUCGUCGGGGGUGCGACUUAUGAGGAAGCCAAGAUGAUUGCGGAAUUGAACGCGUCGAGUCCGGGCGUCAGAGUAGUUUUAGGAGGGACAAUAAUUCACAACUCGGCGACAUUCUUAGAAGAGGUGGAUGAUGCUGUCAGUUCAUGGCCAGAGAGCCGUGGUAGGAGGUAG